AGUGAAUUAGCUAAGCCAGAACAAUUCUAUAAAACUUGUUUAGUACCUUAAUUGUUCAGUUCUUGCGGAUCGGUUUGCCAGGAAUUUGUGCGGUGUGUGAAUUAUUUGGUUUUUCGUGUGUUUCAUAAUCAAUAACAUGACGCUUGUCCAACCCAGUCCCGAUAUGCAGAUCUUCAUCCGCAAGGAGCUGAACGAGGACGUCGAUACGAGAGAAGACCUACUGGAAGCAAUGAAGGAAUGGCUUGCGAAACAGCCUCAUCUGCCGGAUAAGUGGGACGAAUCACGCAUCAUGACGUUUUUGAGGGGAUGCAAUUUCUCCCUGGAAAGAUGCAAACAGAAAUUGGACCUCUACUUCACCAUGAGAACAGCCGCACCCGAAUUUUUCUCGAAUCGCAACAUCAAAAAUCCCGAAUUACAGGAAAUCAUAAAAAAAGCAAAUUGUCCUCCCUUACCCGGCCUUACCAAAGAUGGCCGCCGUGUAGUCGUUAUACGCGGACUCGACAAGAAUGACACAUCAUUGGUCCUUCAGGAUGGCAUGAAGGUUGUUUUGAUGAUCGGCGACGUUCGCCUGGCCGCCGAGGAAGUUGGCGUCGCCGGUGACCCCAAUUAUAAGGAGGUGCUCAGGUUGUCGCUGCUGUUUUACGAAGCGCAGAGAUCGGGACGUCUUCCCGUCGAUAACAGGAUAGCGUGGCGUGGAGAUUCGGCUUUGGAGGACCGCGGACUGAACGGCGAAGAUUUGACCGGCGGAUAUUAUGACGCGGGCGAUUUUGUCAAGUUUAGCUUUCCGAUGGCGUUCACGACGACGCUGUUGGCGUGGGGAGUCUUGGAUUACGAAAAUGCCUACAAAAGUGCGGAUCAAUACCAUCACGCCAUAAUCGCAUUGAAAUGGGCCACAGACUACUUCCUCAAAUGUCACGUGAGUCCUUACGAACUCUACGGACAGGUAGGCGACUUCAGCAUUGACCACAAGUUCUGGGGCCGACCAGAGGAACUAAACAUGACUAGGCCUGCUUAUAAAAUCGACACAAAACAUCCAGGUGCGGAUUUGGCCGGGGAGGUCUCCGCGGCCCUGUCCUCGACAGCCUUGGUCUUCAAAAAUAUACAAAAGGACUACUAUAGUCUGGCCAUACGCCACGCUCAGGAGCUGUACGCGUUCGCCGUUAACUACCCGGGAUUUUACCACGAGGCUAUUCCAGGCGCCAAAGCUUUUUAUCAAUCAACUGGGUUCGGGGACGAGCUCACCUGGGCAGCUAUUUGGCUGUACAAGGCGACUUUAGACCAGAAGUACUUGCAGGAUGCGGAGCUCUUCUACAAGAAUUUCAAAUUAAAAGGAAGACCCAACGAAUUCCACCAUACCAAUAAGGUUGCCGGUAUUCAAGUGUUACUAGCUGAGUUGACCGGCAAGUCGGAGUACGUCAGAGCCGUCGAGGCGUUUUGCAAUUACUCCAUCUAUCAACAGAAACGAACACCAAAGGGCCUAGUGUACAUCGACAAAGCUGGAACGUUGUCUCACGCUGCCAACAUCGUCUUUCUAUGCCUUCAAGCUGUUGAUAUGAACAUAUCGUCUUCUUCCUACAUUCAUUUCGCUAGGGAGCAGAUGUCGUACAUUCUCACCACAACCGGACGAAGCUUUGUAGUAGGAUACGGAGAAAAUUACCCAAAAAAACCUCAUCACUCUGCCAGCUCGUGCCCGGAUAAACCCAAUCCGUGCGGGUGGGAGUCCUACAAGUCGAAAGAUCCAAACCCUAAAAUUCUCUAUGGAGCGUUAGUAAGCGGGCCGGAUCAAAAUGAUCACUAUGAAGAUGUCCGCGAAGAGUUUUUGUAUAACGAAGUAACUUUAGACUAUAAUGCUGGUUUCCAAAGUGCGGCAGCUGGACUGUUGCAAUAUGAGAAUAAGUGAAAAUCGAUUGUGUUUGUUGUUACCAAUUUUUGUACAUUCUGUAAUAAAUGUUUGAGUUAUA